GUGGCCGCUGGGCGCGCGGAGCUCAUGGAGCCGGCUCGGGGCGCCCCUCGGGGGAACGGCGGGGGCGAGGCGCUGCUGGGCGAGCUAGAGGCGCUGGUCCGGGACGUGGAGAGGGCGAGCUCGUGGUGGGAGCGCCGCGGCGUGGACUGCGCCAUCCUCGGGCUCAGCCUCCUCGCCUUGCCGGCCGGGUUCUUAUGCCUGCGCUCUGAGAAUGUCCUGGUCCUUGGGCUGGGCAUCACCAUCCUGGGUGUGUCCCACUACACACUCACUGUCAAGGGCAGCCACCUGGCCACUCACGGGGCGCUCACAGAGUCCAAAGGCUGGAGCAAGUUCUGGGAGCUUUUCUUUGUGGAGGUAUGCUUGGCCUUCAGCGCAGAGUACGCCAAGUAUGGACACGUCAAGAUACACCAUGGUUAUACCAAUGUGCUGGGCCUGGGGGACUCGAGCACGUGGAGACUGCCUUGCCUCAACCGCUUUGUGUACAUGUUCCUUUCUCCUCUCUUGAUCCCCGUCAUAACUCCACUGGUGGCAGUCGAGCGGCUGAGGAAGGUGGAGCUCAGGUUGGCUGUGCGCACACUGGGCCUGAUUUCCCUGGGCCUCUAUGCUCACUACUGGCUACUUCUGAACGUGUCCGGCUUCAGGAGCCCCGGCUCGGCCCUGCUCUGCAUGUUCAUCACCAGAUCCCUGCUGGCCCACCCUUACCUUCAUGUCAACAUCUUCCAGCACAUUGGGCUGCCCAUGUUCUCCCGGGACAAGAAGCCCCGGCGGAUUCACAUGAUGAGCCUGGGUGUGCUGAACCUGCCUCGGCUGCCAGUGCUGGACUGGGCGUUUGGCCACUCCCUCAUCAGCUGCCACGUGGAACACCACUUGUUCCCCUGGCUCUCUGACAACAUGUGCCUGAAGGUGAAGCCCGUGGUGUCCCGGUUCCUCCAGGAGAAACAGCUGCGGUACAAUGAGGACUCUUACCUGGCUCGCUUCAGACUGUUUCUCAGUCAUUAUGAGGAGUUAAUGGUGCAGACCCCUCCCAUCACCGAACUGGUGGGAUUGCAGUGAGGGGGCGCCGCACAGUCACCCUGCACCCCCUCCCUGACCCAACCCUAGCUCUCUUGCUUCUGCUGGCCGGCC